AGGGAGACGGAGCGUGUGGCUAAUUUAGGGCUGUGAUCUCCGAAGCCAUGAACCUAGCGAUAGCGGCAGCUCGGGAACUGUGCCGUAGGGCAGUUGUGGUUGAAGGCUAAUGGAUGGCCGGAGAUGCAGCGGAAAAUAAAUAGGCACAAGCACAAGUAAGCUCCCUGUACCCUUACUACCAUGUUGCAGAGGUUCCUGCACUUCAGUUUGUAUCUCUCGGGUGUCUGACUCGAGUCUCAUGACGGAGCACCCAAUCCCCAAACGGGCUCAGCAGCUGCCGCUCCCUGGCCUUUCCCUGCCGCCUGCCGGUUCCCUCGAUGGGGAGGCUUCCCGGCUUUUGUUUAAUCCCUGCCUUAUUAGCGGCACGUACCUCUCUGAGCAAGGACUUGUGCUGAUUUAAACUGGGGUUGAGCAAGAGCACAAUGACAGGAGAAGCUGUAUCAGGAGAAGCAGCUGCUGUGCCCUGAGGGUUUUUUUUCAUCCUCGUGACCAAAAUCUAUAGUCAUAGGUGAAGCAUAUUUAUGCCCAACCAACCCAAAUAAUCCUUUGCAGGCAAAAGAGCUCUACCUACAUAAAAGCAGGCGGCAUCGACCGCCCAGGGAGCUCCUGCUUCCUGACUGAAGAUCAGGGAGGGACCAGGUCCUUCCUACAAAAGGGCGAAACCACAAGAAGAUAAGCCUUCACUUGAGUUUUGGGCAACGCCAUUGAGUGGGCUAUUGCCGGGGCCAUGGCCUCCUCCAUCAGAAUUGAACCUGUUGUGAAGGAGAAGAACAGGAUGGGAGAGUGCCCGGUCUGGGAGGAACGGGAGGACGCGCUCGUCUACGUCGAUAUUAACUCCCAGAAAGUCUGCCGCUGGAGCGCGGUCACCGGCGAGGUGCAGAGCGUGUCUGUGGAUGCCCGCGUCAGCUCGGUGGCACUGCGGCAGUGCGGGGGCUACGCCAUCGCCCUGGGGACCAGGUUUGCCUUUCUGGACUGGGACACCCAGGCGGUCACCACCAUCCUCGAGCUCGAGCAGGAUAAACCCAACAACAGGUUCAAUGACGGGAAAGUGGAUCCAAAGGGGAGGUUUUUUGCUGGUACAAUGGCUGAAGAGACAGCGCCGGGGGUCCGAGCGAGACGACAAGGGGCUCUCUAUACUCUUUUCCCUGAUCUUUCGGUAAUAAAACAGUUAGACCAGGUGGACAUCUCCAAUGGUCUGGAUUGGUCCCUGGACCACAGGACCUUCUUUCACAUCGACAGCCUGGCAUACGCUGUGCAUGCCUUCAGCUAUGAUGUGCACACUGGAAAGAUCGCCUGCCCCAGGCUCGUGUACCGCUUGGAGGAGGAGGAGGGGAUGCCCGACGGGAUGUGCAUUGAUGCCGAGGGGAAGCUCUGGGUGGCCUGCAUCGACGCCGGGAGAGUGAUCCGUGUCGACCCGGAGACGGGAAAAAGAAUCCAAACUGUGAGGCUGCCGACGCCGAGGAUCACCUCCUGCUGCUUUGGUGGGAAAGACUACGCAGAGCUGUACGUGACGUCUGCCUAUGAUGGGCUGGACGAGGCCACCCUCGUGAAGGAGCCCCACGCGGGAGAGAUUUUCAAGAUAACAGGCCUGGGCGUUAAAGGGAUCCCCCAGAAUUUCUUUGCUGCUUGAACGUUAACACUAAAUAACAAAAAUAACAACUGAGAAGUGCUUGCAUCUUGUAGUAAUUCUGACAAGGAAAAGUCCGAUGAACUACAGAAUUUGUCUGUGUGAGGAUUUCUAAACCCAUGUUUGAGAAGGUGAUUGGAAUUGAAGAUAUUGCUAUACGACAGGUUGGAGAGGUAAAGUUAACGUGUUACAUUUUGAAAUCUUUUGUGACUUCACGUAAAACGCUUCAAGCUCAAGCUUAGGGUGUUUUUGAGCUUUCUGAUGGCCAGCUCUGGAUUUUUGUGUCCGUGUUGAUCCUGAAGCAGAUCUGACUCCCGGUUUGUCUCUUCAUGAUACAGUGAUGGAGCAGCAAUGAUAUGGCAGAUUUUAAUACAUAUUUUGAGUGUGAUGCCUGGAACUGGACUGCUCCUCUGCUGUGGAAUUUCCCCCAUGGUAUUUUCUUAGUGAUCAGACUUAUUUGUAGUAUUCAGGCUCCAAUUUUAGAUCCUUGCUGGCCUGCUUCCAUUUGCUUUGUCACAAAUUUUUCUGUCUUGUCUUUAGGACACCAUUUAUGCACUGAAAAUAAACUAUGCAGCCAUAUUUA